CACAUUUGUUUUAAUCAUCAAGGAAGAGAAGCUAUAAAUAGCAAUGGAUAAUACUUUGAUUGUCACCGGUACCACCUCUACCAUUUUCAUUUUCUUCUUACUUCAUAUACUAAUAUUAAGAGCUAUUAUUCUCCCUCAAUCAAUUACUUUCUUUUAACUAGUUGAAGAAGAAAUGGCUCCAACAAUGUCCACUGAUUCCUUUGAUCUGACUGAUUUUGUGAUUAACAAAGGAAAUGGAGUGAAGGGUCUUUCAGAUUUGGGUCUCAAAAGCCUUCCGAAGCAAUAUAUUCAACCCCAAGAAGCGUUGAUUAAUAUCAUACCUCAUGAAUCAAUUCCUGUUAUUGACAUGUCCAAUUGGGAUAGUGACCCUAAAUCCAUUUGUGAUGCUGCAGAGAAGAAUGGGUUCUUCCCAAUGGUUAACCAUGGAGUCCCACUUGAGGUUCCUUGACGGUGUUAAGGAUGCGACCACAUCGUUUCCUUUGGGCUAAAAUAACCAGUGAAGUUAAAGAGGAAAUUAAACUCUAAGGAGUUUCAUCUACUAAAUAAUGUCAGGUUCGUAAAGCUUUAGUCGCUGAAUGCUGAGAAGGCACUUAAGAAAGAUUAUCUUAGCUUUUUUAUUGUCCUCUGAAGAUGAAGCUUCUUGCUGUGGCCCUCUGCUUGCAAGGAUGAAUGCUUGGAAUACAUGAAAAGAUCAGAAAUCCUCUGCAAGAAGCUAAUGGGUGUUUUAAUGGAGAGAUUGAACGUGAAAGAAAUAGAUGAAAAGAAAGAAUCUUUACUAAUGGGUUCGAAAAGAAUUAACCUAAACUACUAUCCAAGAUGUCCAAAUCCGAACCUCACAAUAGGCGUAGGUCGCCAUUCUGAUGUCUCUGCACUGACUUUUCUUCUGCAAGACGAAAUCGGAGGGCUUUACGUUAGAGUAAACGAAGGAAAACAUGGAUGGGUUCAUGUUCCUCCUAUUGAAGGCUCACUCGUUAUCAAUGUAGGAGAUGCACUGCAGAUAUUAAGCAACGGUCGAUAUAAGAGUAUAGAGCACUGUGUAAUUGCUAGUGGAAGCAAGAACAGAAUUUCUAUUCCUAUCUUUGUUAAUCCAAAGCCAAGUGAUGUGAUUGGUCCUUUGCCCGAAGUUCUUGCAAGUGGAGAGAAGCCUAAAUAUAAAAACAUCCUUUAUUCUGAUUAUGUCAAGCAUUUCUUCAGGAAAGCUCAUGAUGGCAAGAAGACCGUCGGAUUUGCUGAAAUAUGAUAAAUUCUUCAUACUAUUAUUAUAUGCUGUAGUAACCCAAACGAUUUGAUUUUUUUUUUUUUUUUUGUUAUUAAUGUCUUUUAUCAGUGA